GUUGCGUAUUUGACCGCUCGAAGCAACAAGGAAAGUUCUGUUUUCCUUUGCUUGUUAGAAAGAUUCAGAUUAUAUAAUAAUUCUCGCAAUUCGUAUACCAAGUAUCAUCAAAUUUCCCUCUAAAUUAAACGAAACAAGUCGUCUGUGAGAAUUUGAGAGAGAUCACUAUUUUAAAGAAGCUUCAAAGAAACAAAGAAAAAAAACUCAAUGGAGAUCGACUCAUUUACUACGAUCAAACCGGCCGUGUCUUCCUCACUUCCGGAGAAAGUCCAUCUCCGACCAAUGACUCUCUCCGACAUUAACGACUUCAUGGUUUGGGCUACUGACUCAAAGGUCACACGCUAUUGCACGUGGGAGCCUUACACAAGCAAAGAAGCCGGGAUCGAGUACAUGAACAACGUCAUUUUGCCACACCCUUGGCUCAGGGCUAUCUGCUUAGAGGACGACCGUCCGAUCGGCUCCAUCUCGGUCACCCCAGUCGAUAAGAUCAGAGGAGAGAUUGGUUAUCUCCUCGGGAGCAAGUACUGGGGGAGAGGGAUCGCCACGGAGGCUGUGAGGCUUGUGGCGGCGGAGAUAUUCAAGGAGAAGCCGGAUAUGGAGAGGCUUGAGGCACUUGUUGACGUUGAGAAUGUCGGAUCUCAAAAGGUUCUUGAAAAAGUUGGGUUUGUGAGAGAAGGUGUUAUGAGGAAAUUUAUGUAUCUUAAAGGAGAUGUUAGAGAUAUGGUCAUGUUUAGUUUCCUGCCUUCUGAUUCUUUACACUGAUGAUCUUAUAUGAUCUGGUUUAAUUUGCAUCAAUCACAUCAGAUCUAUAUAGAUAAUAUAUAGCGAAAAUUUGUAUUUUGCUUAGUUUGUAUAAACCACAUGUUAUAUAAGUCGAUGUGCUGCUCUAUUUCUCUU